GCUAAAAAGGCAUUUUCAAUGGGUAUUUGAAUUACUUGUAGGUAGGGCUGUUAAUGAUCCGAGCCGACCCGAACUUUGUCAUAAUUUGGGUUUACAAGUUCGAGCUCGGCUCGAUUAUGAAAAUGAAAUCUCCAGCUCGACUCGAGCUUGGCUCGCCAAAUAAGCUUAACGAGCCCAAAAUCGAGUUCAACUCAUAAAAUGUUCAUGCUAGCUCAAGAUUGAGCUAGAACUAAGCACAAAAUUACAUUCAAACUUGUAGCAAAGUCUCUAACAAAAUAAAAAUACAAUAUUUAUCUCAAUUUCAAUACAUAAAGUCCAUGAAUUCCAAUAAUAUUUUAUGCCAAACCGUUAAAUGAGCUUGUUCGCGAGCUUUUGAGCUAGACAUGGUGUGGCUCGAGUUCAGCUCGUCUAGUUAACGAGCUUGUUCGCAAGCCAGCUCAAUUAAGACGAUUCGAGUGUCGAACGAGUUUUUCUCGAGUCGGACGCAAAUCCGUUCAUGAGCGGAUUGCGGAUUGGUUGAUUAACCGCCUACUGGUAGGGCUUCUAUGAAUGAGAAUAUGUUUGGGCUUCAGCUCAAUAUCGUGAAUUAGGCCCAAACUUUAAGAAUUACUGGAAAGAAGAAACAAACAUGAAACGUUCGGCCCAGCUUGGCACUUGACAGAGGUCAGCUUGGGCCUGCAUUAAGAUCAGUAGAUAAAUACAUACAAAAAUGAUCGGCGCGAGCGAGAAAGCAAGAAGAGAGAUCCUCAAGUCCGGACCUCAUCUGUUCUUAGUUCUUACCUAAAGAAAAAAAGUUAUAUAUCUUGGAGCAGGGGACCAGGGGUUGAUUAACAGAAGACAAAGAAGUUGCUCCAAGUUCCUACAUGUCUUGAUAGAUCAACUUGGCAACUGGGUUUCCUGCUCUCUGUUUCAUCGUUUCUAUUCUUCGACAGAGCGGGCAUUCCUUUCAGUGAAGUGAACCCUCCUUGCCAGGAGUAAUUCAAUUCCCCUUCUCUUGCUUACGCUUCUUGGAGCUUCGCGUCGUUGUCACUUUAUUUCUUGGGUAAUUGCUCCUUCCCCACUUACUUCUUCUUGCUGCUUUCGACUCUUUGAUUUCACGAGCUACGGGGUCGGAAGCACCGUGGCCAUGUUGAGCAUCGGAAUCCCAAAUGUUGGUAUGGAGACUUAAGCAUCAAGAUGCCUUCUUGUUCGUAUCUUGGACUUGCCUAGUGAUUGGGCGCCUUGUGUAUUGGUGCGGGUUGCGUUCAACUAUAACUAAAUAUGGUUUCUUGAUUGUUGGUAAUUGAGAACUGUUUGCCAUUUUAUGGAGGAUGUUGGGGUUAGGGAGCUAGAGUGCUUAGGAAACAGUUUUGGGGCUUGGAAGCUUUUAGAGGAAAAGAGCUGUUCGCGUUUAGUAAGCAUAUGUCGUUCUUCCAACCUUGUACUGUUAUAUAUUUGAUGGUACAAGUUUGGCUGCUAGUUGAAGGGAAUUUAUGAACCCUGUCAGUUCAAGGAUCUUGGACCUAUUUCAAUGUGCUGAUUAUGUAGUCAGCUUUAGGUCUUGGUGAUCUGCUCUUUGGCUGUUAACUUCGUAGGUGACUAUGGUACCAGUAUGUCUAAUAGUUCUUAGGACAUGAUCAUACCAUUGUCUGCAAUAUGGUGCUUGUGGGCUGUGGCCAAUUCAUUAUACUUCGUGCUCAUAUGGAUCCCUUUCUGUUGUACAGGAACCUUAAUGGGCAGCUGACAUACUUCCUAGAUUGACUAUUUUGAUGGAGAUCUCUGGAUCAGGCGAUAUUGGUGACCGAUCAACAAGUGAUCUCGUUGUCAGGCUACGCACAGAAAGUGGUAGAGAUGAGUGGCUUUACUGUCACUCCUCAGUUCUAACAGACAAAUGCAAGUAUUUUUCUGAGCGGCUUUCAGAGACCUGGCCCACUUUGCAGAUCAUCGACUCUCGCAACUGUGUCGACGUCUUCUGCCAAGACUCAGACAUUGAUCACCAUGUCAACCUUCUCCGUCUCCUAUAUGUACUUACAGACGACCCCUUAGAGUGCAUACCACACGGAGUAACCAAUGUGCUCGGGAUUCUAAAGGUGGCAGUUAACCUCAGCUGCUCACAACUCAUUCCUGCUUGUGUGCAGUACAUAGAAGCAGUCCCAUGGGAGGAAGCUGAGGAGGACGAGAUCUUAAAGAUCAUCCCGAAAAUCGGUUCACUAGCAGAACCUAUUCUUGGUCGACUCAAACCGGUUGAUAAAUCAAUUGUUGAGAAGAUUUUUGUAUCUGCUGUUCAAUUCGCCACCUCAUCACCUCAUCUGGACUCAAAUCAUAUCAAGGCUUCUGCACAGGAUCAGAUCGAGUAUUUGCUGACAGAGGAAGAUGAUGAUGAGCCUCUUUUGACUCCUGGUGAUGAUAUUUUGUCCUUGUUAAGAGAUUCCAUGAAAAGGUUGUUUUACAAAUUUGAUGACAGAUUGAAUUCGUUGCUUCAGAUGCCCUUGCAGUCAAUUUCUGAGGGGAAUGAGAUGAAAUUGUUUGAGUCACAUCUUUCUGAUUUAAGUUGGGCUUUCUUGAUCUUAAACAAGCUGGAUAUGUUGCCAGAAUUUAUCAGCCAUUGGGUGGAUGGGUCAGAGAAAGUCCUGCAGAUCUUUGAGCGGUUGAUGAGUUCGGAAGAUGGGGUUACUACAGAAGCAAGCUUGAAGGCGAUUGAGGCGUCUGCAAAAGUUCUGGAAGCAAUUUCAUAUGGCACUGUCAUUCUGCCUACUCAGAGAAGGCUUCAGAAUGUGAAGCAAUGGCUUCCAUUUGUAAGGAAAAUGAGACCCGUGAUUGAUAAGGCGAGCAGCAGCGAGAAUCAGAAGGUGAAAUUGGAUGGGGAUUUGUGGCAGUCGUUGGAAGCUUCUUUUGUCUCGAUCAUUCUAGGCCUGCCAUCAGGGGAUCAAGCGGGGAUCAUCAUGGAGUGGCUAUCGGAUGCAAACGUUCGGUAUCCAGAUUUGAGGGAGGUAUUUGAGAUGUGGUGUCACAGGGCUAGGAUGGCUAAGAAGAGGUUUGGAAAUAUUGCGGGGAAUCCCAGUGAUGGAGUGAUUACUAACAUAGUUGCUGGUGGGGGAACUAAUGACAAUAUGGAUGAUUCACUUGCCUGAUGAAAUCUCUUUCUUGAUUUUGGAUCUUCAUCUACGCAAUAUUCUAAUUACACUAGUUGCACAUAUCAGAAAUCGAUUUCUGAAGUCAGUAACUUCAUGUAAAUCUUUUGUACGAUGGCAGGUCUCUGUAUUUCUUGAACUGCAUAUAUUACAUCCACAAGUUUACUGUCAAAUCCAAGGUGUUUUGGUUUGGUUAUACCAUUCUUCUGUAGAUUUCUCUGCUUACAUAUGAUCCAAGGGUAAUUCUCUGGUUAGAUUUCUCUUUCUAAAGAAGGGUUAAGGGGCAUUUGCGGAUGGGGAAUAUAUAUUCUGUGAAUUUCUCCCUAGCAGUGAAUUACCAAUUCAAGCAUCAUACAAAAUCAUUGCAACAUCUAGGAUCCACAAGGUUCUAGCCACUCAUACUCGAAGGAAAACACAGACAUUGAAUAGGAAUUCUCAUAUUGGAAGGAAAACACAGACAUUGAACAGGAAUUAAAAAAAUAAUAAUAAUAAAAAAUCUAACUUCUGGAAAAGGGUCGUCUUCUGUCAGUUUUGGCUUAUGGGGCGUCAAUAAGGUUCCAUUUUUGUACCUCUAGAGGUUCCAGGACGAAUUCUGGGGUGUGGAGGCAGAGCAACCCUUUAUAAAGUUGUGUGAUUUGA